AUGAGAAGAUUAUCUAAAUUGAAAAAGGUAAGAAUUGAAGAAUAUAAAAAGUUCAAUCAGCAAUAAUAAAAUAGUCAAGCCUCAUUAAAUACCACCAGAUACUCUGAAAAUCAGAGUGCACACACAAAUAGAGAUAAUUAACCAGUAGACUUUACUAGAGUUAAGUUGAACAAUAAAACUAACCUCACUUAUCAAACUUUAAAGUUAUUUGAUUUUGCAGAGAACUCAUAAGACCCUACUGAUCCUGUCAAGACUUUUGACCUUCAAUUCGUAGGUAUAGGAGGCUAAAGUGGCCAUAGAAAAAUAUGGAAAUAAAGCAUGUUGAAUCAAAUGAAAUAAAAACAUCCAGAUGGAAUAAAGUUGGCAAUUGGGAUAACUAUGUAUAAUGAAAGCUGGCUAUUAUUUCAACGAACAAUAUUAGGUGUACUUUAAGGUUUAACCGAGAUAUAUCUUGACUAACUAAGGACAAAUAAUUGUGUUUGUUGGGAUGACUUUAAAGAUUAAGUUCUAAUUGUAUUGAUAGCUGAUGGAUAUAUCAACUUAGGAUCAGAAUUCAAAGAAUAAGCUACUUAAUUAGGUAUAUUUGAUGCAUCAGCAAUAGAUCCAUUUAUUAAAAAGCAAGAGCACUAAGCAAUGAAGGAAGAACCAAUGACAAUCUAUGAUAUAAAAAGAAGUAAACUAGCAAACAUACUUUUGGAAUGUGAAGAUGAGAGAUAUAAGCAUAGCAUACCAAUCCUUAACUUAAUUCACUGCUUCCAAUCUAAUAUUCCUUUAAAACUUUUUGCAUCUAAACUAGAUGCAGAUCUUGGAAAAUUUAUGCAAAAUACAGUUAAUUUCGUAUUUGCAGUAAAAUAAUUCAACAAUCUUAAAAUUGAUUCUCAUCUUUAUUUUUACAGAGGUUUUUGUGAAUAUCUUAAUCCUGAUUAAGUUUUUUUACUAGAUAUUGGGACGUAAGCUUUGCCUGGAUCAAUCAGUAAGUUAGUCAGACUUCUUGAUUAUGGGAAAAAUAUUGGAGGAGCAUGUGGUGAAAUUGAAGUUGAAAUGCCUUAAUUCUCAAUAUUAUCCAGCGUCUAAUUUUUUGAAUACAAAAUAUCUCAUUUCUUAGACAAAUCAUUUGAGGGGUGUUUCGGCUAUCAAAGUGUGCUUCCUGGUGCAUUUUCAAUCUUCAGAUGGGAAGCUAUUAAGGGGAAGCCUCUUGAGUCAUUUUUCAAAGGCUUAGAUAAAUAAAGACUUAGCUUGAGUGAACUAAAUAUGUUUCUAGCUGAAGAUAGAAUAAUGAGCUUUGAAAUUGUAGCUUAGAACAAUAUUAAAGGAAAGGAAGCAAAAUAUGACCUUGUAUAUUUACCUGAGGCAGCUGCACUAACUGAUCCUCCCGAAUAAUUCUCAAUUUUGAUUGCCCAAAGAAGAAGAUGGAUUAAUGGAGCUAAUGCUACAUUCCUUCAUAUAUUUGCUAAUUAUGGGAAGUUUAGUAACUCAUCUCAUAGUAGAUGUUGA